GCGGACCUAUUGAGAGAGAGAGGCGGUUCAGCCCCGCUAUGGUCUCAGCAGCGGCGGCUCAGGGAGUAGUACCAGACUACUGUGUUGUGCAGGGAACACGCACGACAUAGCUGAAAACCGCCAGCGGAACAAAUGAAAGCGAACACUACUCUUUCGUGUGGAUUAAUUCAGCAGCGAGACACUCGAUCGAGGCGAGCGGCUCUUUGAGCGACACAGGACCGACUGACGAGGAGCGGGACAUUAGCUACUGUAGGAUAACACCGCCGAAUGGUUCCUCUGGCCCCACCGCUAAGGUUUCUGGCUAAAAGAAGCAGCCAAUAAUGCACGACAUUUGCUCUCUAGCCACACCCACUUCCUGCUUGUAGAGGAAGCGGCUGUGCCAAGAUGUCCUCUCACUCCCAGUCUGUGCCACCAGGCCGGAGGGCUGGCCUGGACACACGGCACCUCCCCAACCCUGCCAAUCUACCGCUGCAGCUGCAACGGGCACACACGGAAGUGGGACUGGUCGACUACCACUCUCAUGCCAGGGACUACGGUUCCCACCUGGCCCAGCCCCAUCGCCGUCGGCCAUCCUUGCUUUCAGAAUUUCAACCUGGGAAUGAGAGAGGACAAGAACAGCAUAUCCGCUAUGAACACAUAUACCUGCCAGAUCCCAGCACCCAGUCAGAGUUGGAGUAUGCGGAAAUCAAAAGGCCUCGUCUAGACAUGGGACCAGAGUCUCUGAUGAGACCCUCAUCCCACCGGCAACAAAUGCCUAUGGGAGGGGCAGAGGACAUGGCAAAGGAGCGUGGAAGUGCCAUGGGGAAACUGGAACCUAUCUCCCCUGUGAGCCCAGUCCACAUGGACCCUGACUUGGAUCUUGUGCCGGCUCGCUUCUCUAAGGAGGAGCUCAUCCAGAAUAUGGAUCGCGUGGACAGGGAGAUCACUAUGGUGGAGCAGCAGAUCAGCAAGCUGCGCAAGAAACAGCAACAGCUGGAGGAGGAGGCUGCAAAGCCUCAUGAGCCAGAGCGGCCCAUCUCACCGCCACCCAGUGAGGCCAAGCACCGCAGCCUGGUGCAGAUCAUCUACGAUGAGAACAGGAAAAAGGCAGAAGAAGCUCACAGGAUACUGGAAGGAUUGGGACCCAGGGUAGAACUGCCUCUGUACAAUCAACCUUCUGACACCAAGCAGUACCAUGAGAACAUCAAAAUAAAUCAGGCGAUGAGAAAGAAGCUCAUCUUAUACUUCAAGAGGAGAAAUCAUGCUCGUAAGCAGUGGGAACAGAAAUUUUGCCAGCGCUAUGAUCAGCUGAUGGAAGCCUGGGAGAAAAAGGUAGAGCGUAUUGAAAACAAUCCACGGCGCAGAGCCAAGGAGAGCAAGGUGCGGGAGUACUACGAGAAACAGUUCCCAGAGAUCCGCAAGCAAAGAGAGCUGCAGGAACGCAUGCACAGCCGUGUUGGGCAGCGAGGAGGUGGGCUGAGCUCAUCUGCAGCUCGCAGUGAACAUGAGGUCUCUGAAAUCAUUGAUGGAAUAUCAGAGCAUGAGAACACAGAGAAGCAAAUGCGACAGCUGGCAGUCAUCCCUCCUAUGCUGUUUGAUGCUGAGCAGCAACGCAUCAAGUUCAUCAACAUGAAUGGACUGAUGGAUGACCCAAUGAAGGUGUACAAGGACCGACAGGUUAUGAACAUGUGGAGCGAGCAGGAAAAGGACACUUUCAGAGAGAAGUUCAUCCAGCACCCCAAAAACUUUGUUCUGAUUGCAUCUUUUCUGGAGAGGAAGACUGUGGCUGAGUGUGUGCUGUUUUACUACCUGACCAAAAAGAAUGAAAACUAUAAGAACAUAGUGCGGAGGAACUACCGACGCCGUGGAAGAAGCCAGCAUGGCCAGCAGCAGCAGCAACAGCAGCAGCAAGUGAACCGCAGCAGCCAGGAGGACAAGGAGAAGGAAGAGAAGGAGAAGGAGGGAGAGAGGGAUGAAGAAAAAAAUGAAGCUGAAGACAAGGAGGAUGGAAUGAAGGAUGACACCUCUGGAGAGGAUGCGGAGGACAAAGAGCCAACUGUGGCUUUCAAGGGUCGACGCACAGCCAACAGUCAGGGGCGCCGCAAGGGCCGCAUCACCCGCUCUAUGACCAGUGAAGUAGAGGAGACCACCACACCCCCGCUCAACAAUGAACUUGCCAAUCUGGAGAUGAAUGAGAGCUCUCGCUGGACUGAAGAAGAGAUGGAAACUGCCAAAAAAGGCCUUCUCCAGUAUGGUAGGAAUUGGUCCGCCAUCGCCAAGAUGGUGGGAUCUAAAACCGUGUCACAGUGCAAGAACUUCUAUUUCAAUUACAAGAAGAGGCAGAAACUGGAUGAGAUUCUGCAGCAGCAUAAAAUGAGAUCGGAGAAGGAGCGAAAGGCCCGACGAAGGGGCAAAGCCCUGCAAAAUGAGGAGGCUAGUGCCAAUUAUACAGCAGAAGAGGAGGAGAUGGAGGGUUCAGGAGCCAGUGGCAAUGAAGACGAGGCCCCUGAAGAUGGAGAGGGUGGAGCCAACAACAGCUCUGACACCGAGAGCUUGCCCUCACCACACUCGUCAGAGGACAGCAAGGUCAAAGAGGAGAGCUCAAGCAGGUCGAAGGCCGGCUCCAACUCCGGGGACAAGGAGGCCUCCGGAUCAGACAUGGGCCAGGCAGGGGAUGACAAAAAUCCAAUCAAAGAAGAUGCAGACUCGGUCAUCAAGCAGGAGAUAAAGACUGAGACAGGGGAGUUCAACAAAGAACAGCUGCAGCCUGCAGCACCCAGCGAUGCUACAGAUAAAAAACCUCCUGCUGCAGACACAGAGGAAGUCAAAAGCUCCACCAGGAGCUCCAAGAAGGAACAUGGGACAAAAACUGGCUCCCAUGGCGACAGUGACUCUAGUGCCACUUGCAGCGCUGAUGAAAUAGAGGAGACAGACAACACAGAUAAGAACAGAAUGACUUCUCCACGGCCGAGCCUACUGAACUAUACUCACGAUGGGGUCAUAUCCUCCCCGCUGCAGAAGCCCAUGGACCUGAAGCAGCUCAAACAGAGGGCUGCUGCUAUACCACCUAUUAUGCCAGAGGCCUCCAUGCAGGGCAGUCAGCGGAGUGGCAAGGCAGUGCUGCCCCCCCACGCCCUGGCACUAUACCAGCAGCAGAUCACCAUGGCUCAUGGGGAGUCCUCCCAGGAGGUCAAACAGCAACAACAGCAGCAGCUUUUAAGCCAGUCAGGCAAACCGCAACUGUACAGCUCACAGGCAGAGAGAGACAGGGAGGCUCUUCAUAGCAGCAGCCCUCGUGUUCGUCCACGCAGCCCCUCCAGCGACAAGGAUGACCUGGAAGGCAACGAGAGGUGGUUACUGACCCUCCUGCAGGGAUUAAAAAAGUCCCGGGCCUUGUCACCGCACAGCGAAGCCAAGAAGCAGGCACUGGGCCCAGAUGAUCUAAGAACCUCUAGCUUGGGUCGCCCAGUUCUCUCCCCCUACCCCAUGUCCCCACUAGACAUGGCCAAGAUCAGCCAUGACCAGCAUUUGCUCCACUUCAACUCGUUCCAGCAAGCGGGCCACAGUUCCCUCCCUGGUCUGCCACAGGACAGUGGGAGGCUGGCAGCAGUGAGACCCCUCACUAUGCCAGAACCACCACCUCUCAUUUCCUCCACCAAGCCAGGAGGCUCCAUCACACAGGGCACCCCAGUGCAGUUGCACAGCCCAGCUCAUGGGUUGGACCACGGGAAGAUGCCCCCCACACAGAUGGGGUUGUCUUGGAUGGAUCAAAGGAAAAUGGCAGGUUCUUUCCCCAUGGUAAAGCAGGAACAGUUGUCCCCUCGCAGCUCAUCCUCCCAAGCUGACAACCUGUCAACCCAGGGCACACCUCACGAUAGUGCUACGGGAAGAGGCUCUAUUCCAGCUGUUCAGGGGGGCAGUAUCACAAAGGGCAUCCCAGGGACCAGAAUGCAUCCAGAUUCCGCAAUCUCCUGCCGAGGGGGCUCCAUUACUCAGGGGACACCGGCUGACGUGCUGUAUAAGGGAACCAUUACCCGUCUGAUCACUGAGGACAGUGCCAGCCGAGCGGAGAGGGAGCGGGAUGAGGCGCUGUCUAAAGGACAUGUGGUGUAUGAGGGCAUCAGCGGGCACAUCCUCACAUAUGACCGUUCUGCCUCUCAGACCCCUAAAGAUGAUGGCCGAGGUCCUGGGCAGCCUGGAGAAAUUCUAGGCCUGAAGCGUCCUUAUGAUGCUAUGGAGGGUGGCAUCUCCAGAGGGCUGCCUAUGAGGGAUUCUCUGUCUGCUGCCAACUGUGAAGGUCUGAUUGGUCGAGCCAUGCCUCAUGAUAGGGACAGUCCGCACCACACACCUUACAAGGAUGCUCAUCACAUCCGUGGUUCCAUCUCCCAAGGUAUUCCUCGUCAUCUGGACCCUCAGGAUGGGUAUCUCAGGAGGGAGCCUAAGCAGAUGAAGAGAGAGGGCUCCCCACCCCGUGGACCUGGUUCUCUUUCUGACCAAAUGAAGGGCAGAGAGGCGAUGGUGCCCACUGUGAAGGAGGGUGGGCGCUCCAUCCACCUCAUUCCCAGGGAGCCUGCCAAAGACGGCAUGAUAGUACAGGGAACACCCAUGAAACAGGAAUCAGGUGGUUCAGGGAAACGUCAUGAUGUCCGCUCCAUCAUAGCCAGUUCACCACGUUCCUACCACAACACACCCUCCCAUAUGGAGAUGCGUGCUGAGAGGGGUCGCUAUGAAGAGGCGCCGAAAGGUCGCCCCAGUGCGGUGGUCAGUACGGCGAGUCCUAUAGCCCGUUCUUCUCCUCUAACACUGGGGCCAGAGCAGGGAGGCAAGGCUCAUCAUAGCCCAGUGGGCUACGACGACAAAGGCAACUUAAGGACCGCAUACCCUGGACCCUCCCAUCGUGGCUCCCCUCUCUCCAGGGAGGCAAGCCAAAGGCAGCAUGAUGCCUCCAGUAAGAAUCCGUCUCAGGAGCGUAAAUCAACACCAACUCCCAGGGAGAUGAGUGCUACUAAAUCACCGCUCCCUGGUGUUCCUGAUCAGCAGGCCUAUGAGCGUCUGCUGCAGGGUCUCGGAGCAGAUAUGUACCGCCAGAUUCCCUUAGCGUUUGAUCCUGCAUCGCUGCCCAGAGGCAUCCCAAUUGACCCAGCGGCCUAUUACUUGCCUCGCCACCUCGCCCCCAACCCAGCAUACCCUCAUCCUUACCCCUACCUCAUCCGGGGCUUUCCUGACACCGCUGCCCUAGAGAAUCGUCAGACGUUGCUCAAUGACUACAUCACCUCGCAGCAGAUGCACCAGUGGCCCCCAGCCGCCGCCAUGGCCGCCCAGCGAUCAGACCUGCUGAGGGGCCUGACUCCACGAGACCAGGCUCUUUCUCUGCCCUACUCUGCCCCUCGUGGAAUCAUCGAUCUUUCUCAGGUGCCACAUUUACCUGUCCUGGUCCCUCCCUCUGCAGGGACGGCAGGCUCUCCGAUGGAUCGCAUCACCUACAUCCCUGGGGGAAGCACCACCUACCCUGGCAGGCCUUACGCCACAUCCCCCAUCUCUCCAGUUGGCUCCUCACAUGUAAACAAGAUGCAGGGCACAUCCUCAUCUUCGGAGCGUGAACGUGACAGAGAGAGGGACAGGGAGAGAGACAGAGAGAGGGAAAGAGAGAGGGAGCGGGAGCGUGAACGGGACCGGGAGAGAGAUCGUGAAAGAGAACGCGAGAGAGACCGGGAAAGGGAACGAGACCGGGACAGAGAGCGAGAACGAGACAGAGAGCGUGACAGAGAGAAGGGCGGGUCUCUUGGAAAUGUAGAGCACGCCCCCAUCUGGCGACCAGGUACAGAGCAUAGCUUGGCGAGCAGUAGCAGCAGUGUGAGACCUGCUUCUCAGCCGUAUAGCCACCAGCACUCCCCAGUGUCACCUCGUAACCAGGAGAAUGUGCAGCAGAGGCCAAGUGUCCUGCACAACACUGGAGGCAAAAGUCUUUCUGUCAGCGAACACUCCAGCUCAUCUGUGUUACGAUCCAUGUCCUCAGGACCAACACGCUACCAAGGUUAUCCUGGCCACCUCCAAAGGACGGGUGUGCCCCCAGAGACCUACCCAGCUGUCAUGGACUCAAGUGUAGCCAAAGAGCAGAGCCGUGAUGGAAGCAAAAUCAGGGGAGGUCUACCCAAGCACAUGCAGGACCAGCACGGACCCUCCAUUAAAUCGGACCCCAAGCUGUCCUGCCCCAGCCCAGGAGGAAUAUACCAAGGUUCCUAUCCCUCGGCUUCAAGCCGGCCCCCGCACCUGCUGCCCCCCCAGUCGGAUAACCCCUCUGGCCGUGGAGAAAGCGGUACACCUAGUAGGGAAAAGACUCAAAUCAAACCGAUGUCCAUUCAGGAACAAGAGCUCCGAGCACUCGCUCAACAAAAGAUGGAGCCACACAGUCUGUACCGUCCUCCGUCUGAGGAGAGACUGUCUCCAGGCCAACAGCCCUCGUCCCCCUGUGUUAAAGGCAGCCAGAGGGUGGUCACCCUGGCACAGCACAUCAGUGAGGUGAUAACUAAAGACUACACCAGGCAGAGCCAGCAACAGCAAAGCUACCAUGGCUCUCCUGUCCUGGACUUGACCCGUCCACCCAGUGCCUCCCAACUUCCACCCACAUCACAGGCCGACGCCCAAGGUACACGCUACCCAGAAGGCCUUGGUGGUGAACGCAACAGAGACCGGUCUCCUCCUCAACCCAAGACGUCACCCAUCAGUGUUUCAAAUGAUGGCAUUGAACCAGUGUCUCCUGCUGGAGCCAGCUCCGAGCCUGACGUUCAGGGAGGGGCCUCCUACCCAAAUGAGCAGGGAGAGCAAGGAAUGGGCUCCCGUUCACCUCCCAAUGCGUCCCAGCCUCCAGCCUUCUUCAGCAAGCUGACAGAGAACACCUCAGCCAUCGUCAAGUCAAAGAAACAGGAGAUGAUCAAGAAGAUGACAGUGGUGGGGAACGACAGUGAUUUCAAUGCUGGUCAGCCUGGAACAGAGAUCUUUAAUAUGCCUGCGUCUACUACUGCAGGUACUGUGAGUGUCCGCAAUCACUCAACUCCAGAGGCCCCUGGUAACUCGAUAGGCCUGGAGGCCAUUAUCAGAAAGGCCUUGAUGGGCAAUUACGAUGAUCAGUCUGAGGAACGGACCAACGCUGCUAACACAAUGGGCUCAAACGUUUCCGCUGACGGACGUGCUGAGGACUGUUUCUCACAAGGUGGAGGAAAGUCGUCAAAGGGCAGCGGACGCACCAACGGACGCAAAGCCAAAUCCCCAGGACCAGGUCUGUCAGGGGGGGAGAGACCGUCCUCUGUGUCCUCAGUCCACUCUGAGGGCGACUGCAACAGACGAACUCCCCUCACCAACCGUGUGUGGGAGGACCGGCCUUCAUCCACAGGUUCAGCUCCAACUCCAUUCCCCUGCAACCCGUUGAUAAUGCGUUUCCCCAGCGGGACGGUAUCCGCUCCCUCCCCCUCUUCCGGCCAGCCGGGGGGCCAGGGCCCAGGGUCAGGACCUGGACAGGGCCGCUCCUGGGAGGAGGAGCCCAAGCCUCUGCUCAUGUCUCAGUACGAGACCCUGUCUGACAGCGAGUGACCCAAAAUGCCUCUGUACAACAGGCCCCCGCCAGCAGUCCACCGCCUCUGUGCUGCUGCAGCCACACACACACACACACACACACAAACACACACACAUACACACACACACCUGCUGAGGCGCCUGCUAAUCUACCCACACCAUUCCACUCUGCAUUUCCUCCGUCAGUCCUCAAGAAAAGAUGGAGUCAUCUCCUCACACCUGAGAGACCAAGCAGAGACGAGCUGGAACAAUGCUGCUCCGUGUGUGUGUUUGUGCCUUUAGGUGUCCUGCAUCACUCCAGGACGACUCUAAAGGACAAAUCACUUGUUUUUCAUUUUUCUUUCUUUUUUUAAAAACUUAACUACUUUUCCUAACUGGCCUUAUCAAUACAGACACACUGACCUGCACCUUGUGGGUGAACUGCUCUCAUGUGAUGACACUUGUGUGGAAGGGACUCUGAGGUCGUGCUGUUGGUCUGGUCAGGAGCCCGAUGACUGCUGUUCUAGAGACAGAUUUUCACCACAGAUCUGAUCAGAGAGCAGCAGCCCGCACAGCGAGUUUCUUCACGGUGAACGACAGGUGCAAGGCAGCCUGUGCACUGCUACCACUAAAAGAAAACGUGCAAGAAGAUGAGAGGAGAAUCAACAUCCAGUUUUUCUUAUUUUGGCUCUUUCUUUUCCCCCCUUUUUAAAUUCAGUCCAGUCCUGUGUUUUGGAAUGUGAGCUGAGAACUUAAGUACAUUUUAAUGGCGUCAUUCGUUGUCUCUUAUCUGCAAUGGUGUAUCUUUUAGGGGGGCGGGGGACUGUGAUUGUUAUGUGAGAGGGUCAUAUCAUUGGUUUACAAGGUAAACGUGCUGUUCAUCCCUGAUGUCGUCAUAUAUUUGGGAGGGUCCUGGAGAAUAGCGAAGGCCUGCUGACUUCAGGCAGAGAGAUGAUUUGCCAGAUGGAUGGCACUGAGACCAGUGACACUUUCUCACUGUUUUUAUAUUAACCAUGUCUGUGUUUGUUGAAACUGUUUUUGGAUAUUAAGCACUUAGCUGUCAGUCUGUUCACAAUGGCAUUUAUAAGAAUCUGUGUUUCCUGGGGUAGGUGAAAAAAUGGACUUGAGAACAGCAUAGAAAUCCCGACUACCUGUUUAUUUUUGGUCUCAACACCAACAUUAUUUCGCGCUCUCACACUCAAAGCGACAAUCACAUUUUAGUGAACGACGAAUCAGCCGCUUCGAGCAGGUGCAGACCGACAUUAAAGCUGCUUAAAGCAAAUUCUGCAGCAUCACCCAGAGUUUGCUCGCAUUAAAAGAGGUAACAAAAAAAGCCAUCUUUCUAUGACCCCUCAGUCCAUGGCGGCGUCAGCUUCAGCCGACCCGCUGGAAUCCCGUCUCUGAGCUGUUGUGACAGUCUGACCUCUGACCUUUCACUGCCUGGUGUUGGAUCUGAGACUCAACUCCUCAUCCAGGCAGAUUUUGUACAGUUGUGAGAUAUUCCUAGUGUUAAGUGCCAUUUAUUUUACAUAUACAGUACUGAAGUUACCAAGUGACGCACAAUUUUUCUUUUAGCCCCCCAUGCCAGGGUUUAUACGGUCCAUGCAGGGAAAUCUGAAAACAAAAAGCAAAAGAAACGUCCUUUUUUUAACAUGUAUUUUUUGUGUGUUGCUUUUUUUCUUCUUCCAAAUCCAUUAAAGCCUUAGCUUUUAACUGUUUCAUUAGAUUUAUCAUCUAAACAUAACAAUGCUGUAUCACAGGACAGCCGACAUGGGCCUACAUCAAAUGUUUCCUCUGCUUUUACACCUUUGACAUACUUCAAGUGUACUUCAUUGCUCCUCCUGUGUUUGUACGGGUUCUAGGAAGUUGAGGGGAGAGGCUUUCAAAAGCAUUCUGGUAGUUUUUUUGUAUCGUAGUUGACAUGUCUUCACUUUUUACUUGCAGAAUUUUCAGUCACCACUUUCUGUAAAUGAUUGUUUCUGGAUUUGUGACUUUGUGCCGUCAGGGACAUUUCUGUCCCCUGACUGCGCACUGUAACAUCGGCAGUGAGUUUAUUUCGUAGAUUAGACAGAAGAUAUUUCUUUUUGUCACAACACGAACAUGAUGACUGUUAUAGGAAUACCUCCUCUCCUUCCUUCAUCCUACGUCCCUGCACAAAGCACAUCUCAGCCUUGUUUCAGCUCCUAUUAUUUUUUUCUACCCAGACUGAUGGAGGGUUUGUUGUUUCAUCGGGCAAAGCAAAAAUACAGCCAGGCUUCAUAUACAUAGAUCUCUGUGUGUGUUUAUCAUUAUCCACUGAUGAAAUCUAAGAUUGUGACGAUAAACAGACUAAGCCAUAUCUAGCUGUCCCCUGAACUGAGACCAAUAGGAGUU